AUGCGCUUUGUAUCUGUCUGGCACACGAAUAUAUGUAAAUAAUUUAAAAAACAGCAACGAAUUGAAAGUAGUGUGUGUUACGUUGAAAUUUCAUAAACGCCAUCGAUUCGGCUGUGCAGCAUACACCUACCCAUAACAAUGUUGUGCAAAAAUAACCCCACUACCGUGCAUUUAAUAAUAAAAUUCCUUUCGUUAACAUGUCGGUCGAUUAGUAUGAUUUAGUGAUAAUCUUUGAUUAGUUUUUGUGAGCGUUUUAUGGAGUUGACCACUACACAAUGUCAAGAAAUAUCACAACAAUGUCUCGAGAAAUAUCUAGAAGAUUGAUCUCGAAAGGGUUUCAAUGUAAGCGAAAUUAUUCUGCAGAUAGACCGUAUUCAACAGCUCUGGGAGUUGUAAACGGUGAAGUGCAAGAUAAAGACGAAUAUGAAUAUAAAAUUGAAGAUACAAUACCGAAGGAAUAUAAAGAAAUACCUGGUCCUAGAGAGCUUCCUUUUAUUGGUAAUUCUUGGAGGUUUGCUCCAAUCAUAGGACACUAUAAAAUUCAUGAAUUAGACAAAGUCAUGUGGUCUUUAAACAAACAAUACGGAAAAAUAGCGAAAGUAAGCGGUUUAAUCGGCCAUCCAGAUCUUCUAUUUAUAUUUGACGCCGACGAGAUCAAAAACGUAUUUAAAAAAGAAGAAGCUAUGCCACACAGACCUUCGAUGCCUUCAUUACAUUAUUAUAAACAGAAAUUACAAAAAGAUUUUUUUAAUGGAAACGAAGGAGUUAUCGGAGUACACGGGCCUAAAUGGGAAGCUUUUCGUAAACAAGUGCAACAAUUUUUAUUGCCUCCAGUUACAGCGAAAAAAUAUAUCGAACCUCUCGAUGUAAUAUCCACAGAUUUUAUAAACAGAAUGGAAGAUAUGUUGGAUACCAAUAGAGAAUUGCCCGAACAUUUUCUUUCCGAAAUAUAUAAAUGGGCACUAGAAUCGGUAGCUAGGGUAUCGUUAAAUAGAAGACUGGGUUGUUUAGAACCAAACUUGCCGCACGAUUCAGAAUCACAAAAAAUAAUCAACUCUAUUAAUACGUUUUUCUGGAACGUGGCAGAGGUCGAAUUGAAAUUUCCGGUUUGGAGAUUUUACCAAAACAACGCGUUCAAAAAAUACAUUGGGGCAUUAGAAGAUUUUAGAACGUUAUGUUUGAAAUACAUCACGCAAUCAAUCGACGAAAUAAGAAAUAAAUCCUACGAAAAUGUAGACGAACAAGAUAUUUCUAUUUUGGAACAAAUUCUUCUGAAAACGGGUAACGCAAAAUUGGCGGCAGUUUUGGCGCUCGAUCUUUUUCUUGUAGGAGUCGAUACAACGUCCAUAGCUCUUGCGUCGACUAUUUACCAGCUAUCGCAAAAUCCUGAUAAACAAGAAAAAUUAUUCAAGGAACUUCGAAAUACCCUUCCAAGUGAAGAUUCAAAAGUGGAUAUUUCAGCACAAGAGAAUAUGCCUUAUCUGAAGGCUUGUAUCAAAGAAACUUUAAGAAUGUAUCCUGUGAUAAUUGCAAACGGUAGAAGUCUUCAAUCAGACACUGUAUUAGCAGGAUAUAAAGUACCUAAAGGGACACACGUUAUAUUCCCACAUCUAGUUGUAAGUAAUAUAGAAGAAUAUAUUCCGCAACCAGAGAAAUUCAUCCCUGAGAGAUGGUUGAAAUCUGGUCAUCCAGAUUGUCCCAUGAACCAAGAAAAAAUACAUCCUUUCAUUACCCUCCCAUUUGGGUAUGGAAGAAGGUCUUGUUUGGGUCGGAGAUUUGCAGAAGUCGAAUUAAAUAUUCUUUUAGCUAAAAUAUUCAGAAGAUACAAGGUUGAAUAUAAUUAUGGACCUUUAACGUAUAGAAUAAGUCCAACGUACGUUCCGGAACAACCACUGAGAUUUAAACUAACGAAAAGAGAACCUAAGUCAUAUUUAUAGUUUCAAAAGUUCAAAUAAUCUAUAUUUAAUUAUAAACGUGUAAUUCUUUAUAUAGCCACUGUUUUUUUCAAGUUUUGUUCAUUAUGUAUUUGUAGUUUCCAUAUUUUAAUAAAGGAUUUUUUUAACACGA